CAGAGCGCGCAGACCCCGCAGCGCCCGGCGGGAUGACGGCGCUCCCGGCUGUCCUGCUGGCCCUGCUGCUGUGCGGGCGGCCAGGGCGGACGCAGGACAAGGAGGAGGAGGACGACGACGCGGACUUUGGGCUGGACGGCUACGACGACGACGACGAGGAGGAGGAGGAGGAGGAGGAGGAGGAGGCGGCCAGUGUGAACGCCGGCGGCAGGGGCCAAGCGCUGCUGCGGUGCUACUCAUGCCAGUCCCUGCACAGCGGGGAGAGCUGCGGGCGAAUUCAGAACUGCGUCCGCAGCCACAGCUUCUGCAAAGCCGUCAUCUCCCACGGGAACACGGAGUCGGGCCCUCUGACCACUUACUCGGCGUGGUGUGCGGACGCCUGUAAGCCCAUCACCAAGACGCUGGAGGGGACCCUGAUGACCCUGACCUGCUGCCAGUCGGCCCUCUGCAACCUCCCACCCUGGCAGGACUCCCUGGGCCGCGGGGCGGGUAGCCCCCAGGGCGACGCCACAAUGGUGGUCGCUGCUCUGCUGCUCAGCCUUCUCCCCAGCCUCCAGGCCGUGGGGUCCUGAAGGGGGACCCACCCCCACCCAUACCCCCACCGCGGCCUGGCUCACACCCUGGACGGCCAGCACCCUGUCCAGUGCUUCACCCACCCGGCCCCCACCCCAGCUGUGGUGAAUAAACUCGGAGCAUCGU